AUGGUGGGUCCAGCAUUGCCGCCUGAUCUGCUUGCAGCACGAGAGAAGCAGAGACAGGCACGGGCGACCAAGUUAAGUGAAGCGACCACAACAGAAGCUGCAACUAUAACACAUACAGACGACAGCGAACGGUCGAAGGCACCUCCUAUUUCAUCACAGGGCAAGGGCGAUGCGAACGCGCUUAUAAACGAGUCAGAUGAAGAGGAAGACGAUGAUGUAGGACCUAUGCUACCAGGCGAUACGGCGCGCGAGGCACUCUACGCAGCGCGAUCAAGUGCGCAUCAAGGCCAAGACGACGAUAGUGGUGCGAUAUCGACUUCAGCGACUGGCAAGCGGCAGCAUUCAGACUGGAUGACACAGCCGCCGAGUAAAGGAGAUUGGGCUCAAUCCAUUGAUACAACAAAGCUCAAGUCGCGUCAAUUUGCGAGUAGUAAACCUGGUCGGCCUGGACCGCAUCAGCAAGGUGGGUUUGAUGCGGGCUGGACAUCGGUUGCAGGGGAAGAAGUAUCCAGAGCUGGCGAGACUGAAGCAGAGGAAGGGCCUGAAUGGACAGCUGCUGCUGCUAUUGAACUUCAGAAGCGACAAGAGGCAGAAAAGGCACAGGCGUCGCAGAACCGUGGCCCGUCUAUGUACGAGCAGCACACGUUGAAGCGGAAACACAUGAGCAAAGAGGACCGUGAUGAUCCGUCGAGUCGGCCGUUUGACAGAUCAAAAGACAUUGGGUCCGGUGUGAGCAGUAAGCGGACCAGAGAACUUGCACAGCGGUCAAAAGAUAUGUCGAGCAUGUUUGGCGAGAGCAAGUUUCUUUGA